AUGGGCAUCCCCAUGGACGAUAACAUCCACGCUCCUACAGUGUCCUCCGGGCCUUCGUCCGGAGAGGCUCCUCGCGAUCUGGCUAAGCUCUCGAUGACCGACUUGAUGCAGGAAAAGGAACGCAUCGAAGAAGAGCUAUCAACGCUCAGCGGUGUCCUUAGCUCGCAUAGCGUGAACAUGAACACCACCCUCACAACCUUCGACGGAUACCCACGAGACGACAUCGACAUCGCCCAAAUCCGUACGAUUCGAACCAAAAUCAUCCGACUUCGCAACGAUCACAAAGAUGUCAUGACCAAUCUCGAGAAGAAAGUCCACGAACAAUUUACGAAUUUGCAGCGCGCGCAGGGCUCUACGACUUCCGACAGCGUCCCCGGGACCAACGGAACGCGGUCGGACUCGAAUGAUACUUCUCUAUCGAAUGUAGGGGCACUGGGGCCGGCGUUCGCAAGAGUGAACAGUGUCGUACCUGCAAGCCCCGCAGAUCAGGCCGGUCUAAAAACAGGCGAUACUAUUCGCAGCUUUGGAACUGUGAACUGGAUCAACCAUGAAUGUCUAGCCAAAGUUGCAGAGGUCGUUCAACAAAACGAAGGCCGAGCCGUCCCCGUGAAGGUUAUCAGGAAAGAUGAGUUGGGCAGCAGUGCGGAUUUGACCCUGGAGCUUACACCACGCCGUGACUGGGGUGGACGAGGUCUAUUGGGCUGUCAUCUGACCACCUUCGUCAAGCGUCACUUGACUGGCGAGUUCGAGAAGAAGUACAUCGCCACUCUCGGUGUCGAGGUGCACCCUCUUACUUUCACCACCAACCUGGGAACGAUCCAGUUCGACGUGUGGGACACGGCCGGUCAGGAGAAGUUCGGUGGUCUCCGAGAUGGUUACUAUAUCAACGGCCAGUGCGGUAUCAUCAUGUUCGAUGUGACCUCGCGUAUCACCUACAAGAACGUCCCCAACUGGCACCGUGAUCUCGUCCGUGUCUGCGAGGGUAUCCCCAUCGUGCUGUGCGGUAACAAGGUCGAUGUUAAGGAGCGUAAGGUGAAGGCCAAGACCAUCACCUUCCACCGCAAGAAGAACCUCCAGUACUACGACAUCUCCGCCAAGUCCAACUACAACUUCGAGAAGCCCUUCCUGUGGCUCGCUCGCAAGCUGGUCGGCAACCCUCAGCUGGAAUUCGUUGCUGCCCCUGCUCUCGCUCCCCCCGAGGUGCAGGUCGACCCCGAGCUCCUUGCCAAGUACAACGACGAGAUGGCCGCCGCCGCGCAGAUGCCCCUGCCCGACGAGGAGGACGCAGACCUCUAA